UGUACCUAGGUACCCAUGUGUUCAGAUACUUGUAUAAAAAUGUCGACGGAGGCGGAAAUAAACAGUAUGCAACAGGGUAGCAUCCAGCAACUUUUGCCUGAUAUUGCUACCCUAAGUUUACUUCACAGAACCCAAGGGAUUAACUCCCAUCACACUACAAUGCAAAAUAUACAGACCAACUCAGCUGGCACAUCAGCGACUGCUUUGGGCACAACAACUACAGCUGUGGCCUUACCGGGGACUGGAGGAAGUGCAUUGCCUCCCCCUCCUGAUCCACCGCAUUUUCAAUGUCCCCGACGUCCCAACUUGGGACGGGAAGGCCGUCCCAUAGUCCUCAAAGCAAACCACUUCCAAAUAACUAUGCCAAGGGGCUAUGUGCAUCACUAUGAUGUGACAAUCCAGCCAGAUAAAUGUCCUCGGAAGGUAAACAGAGAAAUUAUAGAGACUAUGGUUCAUGCUUAUAGUAAAAUAUUUGGUAACCUAAAACCAGUAUUUGACGGCAGAAACAAUUUGUAUACUAGAGAUCCGUUACCCAUUGGAAAUUCUCGUGAAGAGUUGGAAGUCACCCUCCCGGGAGAGGGCAAAGACAGAAUUUUCAGAGUAACAAUAAAAUGGGUGGCUCAGGUAUCUCUCUAUGGUUUAGAAGAGGCUCUAGAAGGUAGAACGAGACAAAUACCUUACGAAGCAAUUUUAGCCCUAGAUGUGGUAAUGCGACAUUUACCUUCUAUGAGCUACACCCCUGUGGGGAGAAGCUUUUUUAGUAGCCCAGAAGGAUAUUAUCAUCCUUUAGGAGGAGGAAGGGAAGUCUGGUUUGGUUUUCAUCAGUCAGUAAGACCAAGCCAGUGGAAAAUGAUGCUCAAUAUUGACGUUUCUGCAACUGCAUUUUACAAAGCACAGCCUGUAAUCGAGUUUAUGUGCGAAGUAUUGGACAUUCGAGAUAUAAACGAGCAAAGAAAACCUUUAACUGAUAGUCAACGUGUUAAAUUUACGAAAGAGAUAAAAGGUUUGAAAAUUGAAAUAACACAUUGCGGUACAAUGCGAAGAAAAUACAGGGUGUGUAACGUUACAAGACGACCUGCACAGAUGCAAUCAUUCCCCCUCCAGUUGGAUAACGGACAAACUGUCGAAUGCACGGUAGCUAAAUAUUUUCUGGACAAGUACAAAAUGAAACUGAGAUAUCCACACCUUCCGUGUCUUCAAGUUGGGCAAGAACACAAGCACACAUAUUUACCCCUAGAAGUUUGCAACAUUGUCGCAGGUCAGAGGUGUAUUAAAAAACUGACUGACAUGCAGACAUCCACUAUGAUCAAGGCCACUGCAAGAUCGGCACCUGACCGUGAACGUGAAAUCAACAACCUUGUGAGGAGGGCGGACUUCAAUAACGACGCGUAUGUACAGGAGUUCGGUUUGACAAUAAGCAACAACAUGAUGGAAGUUCGGGGUCGUGUUUUGCCACCGCCUAAAUUACAAUACGGUGGACGAGUCGCCUCCCUGAGCGGACAGGUGGGCUGGAACUUACAGAGCAAACAGCAAGCCAUGCCUAACCAAGGGGUCUGGGACAUGAGAGGUAAACAGUUCUUCACAGGAGUUGAAAUACGUGUUUGGGCUAUGGCGUGCUUCGCUCCACAAAGAACUGUCCGUGAAGAUGCUUUAAGGAAUUUUAACCAACAACUGCAAAAAAUCUCAAACGACGCUGGUAUGCCGAUAAUAGGACAGCCAUGCUUUUGUAAAUAUGCCACAGGCCCUGACCAAGUGGAGCCUAUGUUCAGGUAUCUCAAGUCCACCUUCCAGGCGUUGCAACUUGUAGUGGUUGUGCUUCCUGGAAAAACACCUGUUUAUGCCGAAGUUAAAAGGGUAGGUGACACAGUCUUAGGUAUGGCCACCCAAUGUGUUCAAGCGAAAAACGUUAACAAGACUUCCCCUCAGACAUUAUCCAAUUUAUGCCUCAAAAUAAACGUGAAACUGGGAGGAAUUAAUAGCAUCUUAGUGCCAUCUAUUAGACCAAAGAUAUUUAAUGAGCCCGUUAUCUUCUUGGGUGCGGACGUAACUCAUCCACCAGCAGGUGACAACAAAAAACCUUCAAUUGCAGCAGUAGUCGGUUCAAUGGAUGCACACCCUUCAAGGUAUGCAGCCACUGUUCGAGUUCAACAGCAUCGGCAGGAAAUUAUCCAAGAACUCAGCUCUAUGGUUAGAGAAUUACUGAUAAUGUUUUAUAAAUCAACAGGUGGUUAUAAACCUCAUCGUAUUAUCUUGUACCGCGACGGUGUCUCGGAGGGUCAGUUCUUGCAGCUAUUACAACACGAACUGACGGCUAUUCGAGAAGCUUGCAUUAAGCUGGAGGCGGACUACAAGCCGGGUAUCACGUUUAUAGUGGUUCAGAAACGGCAUCAUACUCGAUUAUUUUGCGCCGACAAGAAAGAACAGAGUGGAAAGAGUGGAAACAUUCCAGCAGGUACCACUGUGGAUGGGGGCAUUACUCAUCCGACCGAGUUCGAUUUUUACUUGUGCAGUCAUCAGGGUAUCCAGGGGACAUCCCGUCCAUCCCACUACCACGUUCUGUGGGAUGAUUCACACCUCGAUUCGGACGAGUUGCAAUGUUUGACGUAUCAGUUGUGUCACACAUACGUUCGUUGCACACGUUCAGUAUCCAUUCCAGCACCUGCCUAUUACGCCCAUCUCGUUGCAUUCCGAGCUAGGUACCAUUUAGUCGAAAAGGAGCAUGACAGUGGGGAGGGUUCUCAUCAGUCCGGUUCAUCUGAAGAUCGGACUCCGGGAGCCAUGGCUCGAGCUAUCACUGUACAUGCAGACACCAAGAAGGUCAUGUAUUUCGCUUAAAAAGCAUUUAUUGUUGUCACCAAACGGAAAGGGUACAAAGCACUUGAACGAGUUAAAAUGAACCUUCUUCUUUCUUAUUGUUAGCCUCCUUCGUCACUCACUCUCCUCAGUGGCAUGUUGCAUCAAUAAAAAGGAAAAAAGCGAACGGUUUCCCUGUUGUCACGUAUUUCUCUCUUUCGCUCUGUCUCUCUCGUUAAUUGUUCUGUUUUUGAUAGUUUUCUUUGGUUUUGUUUACAGAAAAGUGGUGGUUAUUUCUUAUUUUUUUUUUUGUGUGCGUUUAUGUAUCACUCGACCACCAGUUCUAGUCACAGAAACUGUCAUAAUUUUACAUUUUAUACAAAAGCUUUCCUUUUUCUUGCAUAGGUUAGUUUUAGAUAGAUAUGGUAGGAGGUAGGUGGAUGGUGUGUAUCGUCAAAGAUUGUUGUAUCACAUUCGCAAUAAAACCCUCGUCUUUCUGGGUUCUGUGAUAGGAAAAAGUUGGUGUCGAUUAUUUGUUUUAGUAGGUACCCAUGUGUCUCGAUAAUUUUCUUGCUCAAUAUGCACCGAUUUUCCAAACAAUUUUUUUUUAUUUUUCAUUUUAAUCUUGCAAAGCGUGAUGGAAUUAGUUUUAUGAUUUUAACUUCAUACAUUUUUAAAAGUAUGUUCACUUACAAUUAGUAUGUCAGUAUUUUUUUUGCAUUACAUUUCCUAUAAUGUAUGUAUUUUACGUUUUUUAUUGCGUAUCGUAUUUUAUUUUUCAAUUUAUUUUUUUUUUUUCGUUUAAGCUUAUGAAGGUAAUGAUGUGUAUUACCUUGUUUUUGCUUAUUUUUAACACUUUCCAUGGUACUUAAGGUACUUAAGUAAGAUUACUUGAAAAUAAAUUGUUAACUACCACCUUUGGCAAUGCCCGUUGUUAAUGUGAUGUAUGUGGGACAAGGGAACGAAGAUGUUAAAGGAAGUCUCGUGUUGCAUAUUUUACUGUGCCAAACUACUUACUGAUUUUGUUUAUUGAUGCAACAAGCUGCAGUAAGACUCCUAAAAAUAAUACCUUUUGAGCUAAUCGUUGUCGUCACUAUGUGUAUAAGUGUACAGUGGCCGAAUUAUGAAAAUAACGAUAACAUAACAUAAGUUUGAUAACAUAAGAAUUUGUAUGACAUUAAUAAACUAGGAGAGAGAAAAAAAUUGUAAUUCUAGGGGCUGUACAAAAAUCGGUUAUAAAUCUGAGAACUUUUUUGUAGCUACUUGAAAUGUUCUACAUAUCGAAAUUUAUAAGCGUUUUCAUCAUAAUUGGGUCACACUAAUAGUUGUAUUUUAUGUGAAAAAUAUUUUGAGGAAUUAAUUGGUGUGUCUCGAUAUCAAGUGCCACGAUUUUAGACGACAACCACGAUCAUAGCUUUAAAACUUAAUAUUAUUAUUAUUAUUACAGACCAGGUCUUUCCAAAGUAGAUAUAACACCUUUUAGUGUAUAUGAUUUUUUCGUUUGCUAAUUUUUUUUAACUUGCAGCCCUGUUUCUGUAUUUAUAUAAAAUCACGAAUUUCAAUAAUAAUGCUAUGGUAAUUUCUUUAUUUUUAGGAUACAAAUUCUUAUUUAUAUGAUAUUUAUUUUUACUUAUGGCGUAAUGAUGUUGGGGGUGGCAAUUAAUUUUUAUAAUUGCCGCUCCCAUGAUGGUAUAAUAAGCAGCGUACAAAAGUGUACGUUCUUUAAGCACAAUUACAGGGAGGUAGCGUACAUGAUUGGGAAUAUUAACAAAGUCCGAUUAUAUAUUUUGAUACGACUUUUUUAAUCGAAUAGCUCAUUUCGUAUACAGUUUUGGCAAUAAAGGAAUGCGGUUGGGGGGACCGAUUAUAUCACAACAACACCAAAAUAAAAAAGAUGUGGAAGCAGGUCGUUUGAGGAUAAUAGAGAAAUACAUUUAUGUACGCUCACUCCCUCUCCCGUCGCGGGUAAUAAAGCUGUAUAGGUUUGAAAACUAAUACUGAAAAAAGGCUCCGUAUUUGUUUUUAUUAAUCAGUUAUUAAAAGUACGGAUUUUAAUGUAAAGGGAACUUGUUUUAAUGCGUAGUAGCUGUUUUCAUUAUUGGUCAUCAAACCAAUGAUUUUAUAUAAAUCACGUAUUUUAUCGAUUAGGAUUCAUAUGUAUUUUAUUUGCUUAAAUUGGAUACCUACUAUAUUAAAAUCUCAUUAUUAUCAGCAACACUAUUGCUGCGCAUGAUAAAUACUACAAUUAUUUGUUAAUGUUUGUAUAAAGAGCGCAUAUUCUAAAAAACAAAAAAACAGAACGAAUAAGUGAACACAAAAAAUACAGAUAAUUUUGCAUGUUGUAUAUACGGUAGCUAAUUUUUGAAACUUAUAGACAAUAAGAUGCCAACUGGUUCAGACAACAUUCCAUUAUUUUCGAAGUUUUUUCUUCCAAUUUGGUUGAAAUUGCUUCGAAUUUGUCUUCAACUGUAAAUUAGUGAUUUAUUCAGAGAAAUAUCUAAAAAAAUUAUAUUGUAAAUUGAAACAAAAAAGAAGUGUAUUUUUUGGUCGAUAAUAGUGGAUCUUAAAAGGAAAAAAACAAAUAAUUACCGAAUUAAUUAAUUUUAGUAUUACGGAAACACUCGCAAUAAAAUGCAGUUUGCAGCACAAAAAGUCCAUUUUUAUAUACAGCAGUUUUUGUUUUUACAUAGUGUUUUUUCCGAUUUAAAGAUAUCCUGUAUAUUAAAUACAAAUUGCGCAUGAAAUUUAUUAAUCUUUUGUUGGUACAUAUCCAGUGUCUUUCCAAACGAAGAUCUCAGUUCUUUAAUGACCGGUUUAUUAUUUAACUAAUAACUUCGAUCUCCUGGGUGAAAAGGUUCAAAAAUUUGUCAAUUAUGAGUAUACCGAGUUUUGUUAGUAAGUAAAAGUACAAACUGCAGCUAGCUCUGCGAAAACGAAAUGAUGUCAAAAAAUAAAUUUCAAAUGAAAAUAACGACAAGCAGCGCAAUAAAAAUACGCAAUUCUAAUGCAAGGACAAUUUAAUUAGAAUUUUAAAUUGUUGUUACAUACGUUUUACAAAUUCUAAUAGCCAAAUUAAACCAAAUUGUUUUUAUUUUCAUAGACCGUUUCUAGUCACAAAUGGUAAAAUGCAAAUUUCAUAAAAAUAUCAAAUUAAAUUCUUGUGGAUCUCACGCUUUUUCUAAUGUUAGUUUUUCUCAUAAACUGUAUCCAAGGUGUAACAAAAGUGGUUAGACAUUUACACUUUUAUGUAUAAAAUGAAGAAAAACACUUCUCAAUUAAAUUAUUAUUUUUAGCACGAAGUAAUGAGUAGAAUAUACAUAAAGGUGGUGGUAUGUUGUAUUUUUUUUGCUGUCUGUUUUUGUUACACACUAUACAGUGAACGGUUUAAAAAGGGUGCGAUGGAAAACCGAAAUUUUAAGUUUUUGAGAUUUGGAAAGAAAAUUUAAACAACGAAAAUUUGAAAGCUAAUGAAAAAAAUUGCAGCUCAAAAAUGAUUUUCUGAGAGUAAUAGAAAUCGUAUCGUUUCGUUUCUUUAUCCCUUAAGCUUGAGGUUUUUCGUAAAAAAAAAAAAAAUGGGCGUCCCUACUAUUUAUUGCACACCAACGCUUAUUAUUCUUACUUUUAAUUUAAUUUAGCAUUAGUUGUAGGUACUCAAUGAAACCUGUUUCAACAAUUUAUUAUGUUUUAUUAAGUCGAUACUCCGCGUAAAAUAUACAUAUAUCAAAAAAAAAAAUACAAAUGACUUUGUGUCUUAUGUAUGUAUGUUACGUACGUAAUACAAGUUCCCAUAUUCUCUCAGUGUUUAAAUAAUAUAAGCGGCUUAAUUUUAGUAAAUUUACUUGACUAACAUUAUCACAUUUGUGUUAUUAUUGUAAACCUUAGGGUGUAUAGGUAUGUGAUGAUAAAGCUGCAGAGCGUAUUGUAACUUAAGCCGGGAAAGAACCCAAGAACAAGAAAAAUUUAGCUUAGUAAGAAUUAAUCAGAUUUACUGACCAAGUACCAUAUUCAAAAGUUUUCAGAAUUUUUUUAUUAUAAAUCUUUUAAAAUACAUAAAUAUUUUUGUAUUCCAUUUAUUCGAUUUUUCCUUCAUUGUUUUUUGGCGUUUCUCAAUCAUUGAUUAACUAUGUAAUUAGAAUAGUAAGAUAAAGGCAACAGCAGUGUGAAAUUGUGGAAGGGAACAGGGGUGAAUGGCUUAAUAAAAAUAAAUAAUCAACGCAUAUCUUUUAAUUUUAAUAUCAAAAGACGGCAAUAAAGGUUCAUAUUUAAAUAGGUUUUACUAUUACUUGAAAACAUUUGAAACUGUUACUUGGUCAUUUGAAAAAAAUCUAAAUAUUGUUUACAUAAUCAAAAAAAAAAUAUCUUCAUACAUUCAUGUUUAUUAAGUGAUUGCCGAUUAUAUUAUAAAUGAUUUGCUAGUUAAGAUUUUUAUUGAUAUUUCAAUAAGAAGUAAUUUAUGUAGCGGCUGUACAAGUCAAGUCGAAUUAAUAUUAUCUCUUUUUUAUUGUAUUUCUAAAAGUAUGUAUUUUUAAUUAUUACGUCUCAACAAUUUUAGUAAACUUAAGUCAUUUUGUGUGCAUAUCAGCCUCUUUAGUAAUAAGAAAACAGCUGUUUUAUUUCAGUAAGUAGGCAUCAUUUUAAUUGUUGUUUAAUAGUCUAAUAAUCACCAUUGCCAUUAGUUUACUUCCAAUUUUGUUAAAAAGUGUAAUAUUUUAAAAAGUUUGCCAAAAUCUUUGUUUGUGUAAUAAAUCAUUAAAAAUA